AUGCAGUUCCUGAAGCCGCGCACCGUCCGCCUCUAUCCGAAACUACGGCGAUGGAUCUUGACGGACGCCGCGAGCUCUGGUUCCGGCCUGCAGCCGCUCGCUCUAGCCCUCAACAAGCGCCUCGCCGACGACGCUGGGAAGAGCAACAAGAACCUCGUCUUCUCGCCGUUGUCCAUCUACGCGGCGCUAUCGCUGGUGGCCGCCGGCGCCCGCGAGCGCACCCUGGCGGAGAUGCUCGGCGUCCUCGGGGCGCGGUCCCGGGACGACCUUGCCGGGUCAGUCCGCGCGCUGGCGGAGCAGGCCCUCGCCGACCAGUCAUGGGCCGGCGGACCGCACGUCAGCUUCGCUUGCGCCGUGUGGCACGACAAGACGAGGCCCCUCAAGCCCGACUACGUCGCCGCCGCCGUCAAGUCCUACAAGGCGCAGACGUGCGCCGUGGACUUCCACGAGAAGCCGAAGGAAGCUGCGGAGCAGAUCAACGCAUGGGUGGCGGCGUCGACGAACAAGCUCAUCCCCUCAAUCGUUGAUCCAGAUACACUGUCCAACCAGACCGACCUCGUCGUCGCCAACGCCAUCUACUUCAAGGGCAAGUGGGACAAGCCGUUCGACGAGGAAGACACCAAGGAGGACAAGUUCCACCGCCGUGACAGCAGCACCAUCGACGUGCCCUUCAUGCGAGGCUGGGGCAAGCAGCGUAUCGCGUGCCACGACGGCUUCAAGGUGCUCCAGCUUCGUUACCGGAGAGGCCUGUCGUCGCCGGCACGCUACUCGAUGUGCAUCUUCCUCCCCGACGACCGCGACGGGCUGUCGCAGCUGUCCGACAGGAUAGCGGCCGACCCUGACUUUCUACGCGAGCACUUGCCGACGAGCACCGUCUUGGUCGGCGACUUCCGUCUACCCAAGUUCAAGCUCGCGUUCGAUACCGAGUUGACGGGCGUUCUCCAGGACUUGGGACUCAAGGACGCUUUCGACCCGGGGAAGGCCGACUUCACGGACAUGGCGGAGGGCACCUUCAGGCCCCUGGCACUGGAGGAAGUGCUACACAAGGCUGUCAUCGAGGUGAAUGAGGAAGGCACCGAGGCGGCCGCUGUAACGGCAGCCCUCAUGUUUGGAUGUGCAUCUGACUACCCGCCGCAGUGUGUGGACUUUGUCGCUGAUCAUCCAUUUGCCUUCUUUGUGAUGGAGGAGGCGUCGGGUGCGAUCAUGUUCGCAGGGCACGUCCUUGACCCAUCAAGUUAG